AUGAGCCGUGAAGAGAGAGUUUUGAGUGAUACUGAUAAUGAAAAUACGAAUGAGGAAAUAGAGACUGGUAUUGAUUCCCCGGACGAAUCAUCUUCAGGGUUGUUCACAGCGGGACGCUCGUUACAAUCGAACGUCAUAGAAGACCACAACCCUGACUAUAUAUCUGCAGAUGCAGAAUUGGCCGCAGAGAUACCAGAUGACACCGAAGUAAUUGACUUAGUGCAUUUGAAAGUACUGGCGUUGGAAGACUUGAAUUUGUUGAGAUUUAAGAAUUUGAAGAAGUUAUAUUUAAGACAGAAUUUGAUCGAGUCAAUAGCUGAACUGGAGGUACUACCGUUAGAAAACAUGGAAGAGAUUGAUUUUUACGAUAAUAGAAUCAAACACAUCUCGAAAAGCGUUAAUCUUUUCUCUAAUCUAAAGACACUCGACUUAUCUUUUAAUAAGAUUAGAACUAUCAAGAACGUCGAUAAAUUGGUAAACCUCGAGAAUUUGUAUUUCGUCCAGAAUAAGAUAUCUAAGAUUGAAAAUUUAGGAACCCUUACAAAGUUGAAAAAUCUUGAGCUUGGUGGCAACAGAAUCAAAGAAAUUGGUCCUGAUGACUUGAAAGGUUUGGCUAAUCUCGAAGAGAUAUGGUUGGGUAAGAACUCAAUCCCUAAAUUGAUAAACUUGCAACACCUCAAAAAUUUGAGAAUAUUAAGCAUCCAAUCUAACAAAUUGAAGAAAUUUGAAGGACUUGAGGAGUUGGAGAACUUAGAAGAAUUGUAUGUCUCUCACAAUUUUAUUUCGAAGAUCGAAGGACUUGAAAAUAACCUAAAAUUAACUACUUUAGAUGUAACUGGUAAUAGACUUACGAAGAUCGAAAACUUAAAGCAUUUGACACAUCUUACUGACCUAUGGGCGUCUGAUAAUCAAAUUGAUCAACCGUUCGAAUCUCUAGGCGAAGAAUUGGGGAAAUUACCUGAAUUUGAAACGAUAUAUCUCGAAGGAAAUCCAAUACAGACUAAAAAUCCUACACAGUACAGAAGAAAGAUUAUGUUGAAUUUGGGGGAAUCGCUUCAAAAAAUCGACGCUACGUACGUUCGUGCCUAA